AAUUUGGUAAAACUUGCGCAAUAUACAAGCACCUUGCAACACCAGAUUUGUCCCACAAUUCCGUAGACAUAAACUUCCUUUCAGCAAAUAAGUUCGAGCAAAAUGGCCAAGCGCACAAAGAAGGUUGGGAUCACUGGGAAGUAUGGAACCAGAUAUGGUGCCUCCCUCAGAAAAACUGUAAAGAAAAUGGAAAUUUCUCAGCACUCCAAAUACACAUGUCCUUUUUGUGGCAAGGAUGCUAUGAAAAGACGAGCUGUUGGUAUCUGGUCAUGCAGUAGAUGUAGAAAAGUUGUAGCUGGUGGCGCUUGGGUAUACAGUACAACAGCUGCAGCCACAGUGAGAAGUCAAGUGCGCAGAUUGAGAGAAAUGAAGGAGUCGUAAAUCCACUCAUUUUUCCUUGUAGUAUAUGUGCAUUAAAACUUCUCAAAAACA